UUGACUCUUGCUCGGGUUUUUCCGUUCCGUGUCGGAAUCAGAGCGCUCGAGUGUUUACGCGAAACCCAUCAGUCGAGUCUCUGAGCUCGCUGUUUGAGGUUGUUCCCGCUGAUUGAAAUAAGUCAGACGCAGAGUCUCCUGCUGCUGACAUGGACACCACCAACCAGCUCGGACCUGCAGGGACACAAGUGCUCAAAUUACCUCUGGGAUUUAUCCGUGUUUUGGAAUGGCUCUUUUCCAUUUUUGCAUUCGCAACGUGUGGCGGCUACUCAGGGCAGCUUCGGGUCAGUGUGGACUGCAUGGAGAAGGCAAGCAGCAACCUGAGCAUCGGCAUUGACUUUGGUUAUCCCUUUAGGUUGCACCAGGUGUCCUUUGAAGCACCCGUGUGUGAGGCCAUGAGGAGGGACACGGUGUUCCUCACUGGAGACUUUUCUUCCUCUGCUGAAUUCUUUGUCACUAUCGCAGUCUUUGCAUUUUUAUAUUCCCUCACUGCCACGAUCGUUUACAUAUUCUUUCUGAACAAGUACCGUGAAAACAGCAGAGGGCCACUCAUUGACUUCGUGGUGACUGUUGUUUUCUCCUUCAUGUGGCUGGUCAGUUCCUCUGCUUGGGCAAAAGCCCUAUCUGAUGUGAAAAUGGCCACUGAUCCAGAUGAGGUGCAGCUCCUCAUCCCCGCCUGCAAAAGCCAGUCUAACAAGUGCGGCUCUUUGCACGGACCCCGCUGGUCUGGGCUGAACACCUCCGUGGUCUUUGGGUUUCUCAACUUUGUUCUCUGGGCUGGAAAUAUUUGGUUCGUUUUUAAGGAGACCAGUUGGCACAAGGGUGCUUCGAAGUUUGCAAGUGACGCAUCUGAGAAACAAGCUGGUACCUUUAACCAACAGCCAUACAACCAAGGAAACUUCGACCAGUCAGGAAGUUACCACGCCGAGGGAGGCUUCGAUCAGCCAUCUGAGUACAGUCAGGUGGGAGGGCCUCCCACAUCCUACUGAAAUCAAAUGUAGAUGUGCCUUGUCAUUUUUGGGGCAACACCUUUGCAUCUUUAAAACAAAGGAAAUGAGGGGUUGGGUGAUCAAAGAUAAUGAAAGAAGAGUUUGCCAUAUGUGUCCUAAAUAAAACAAAAAGAUGGUUGUAACUGUGCUGUCAAAGUAUGCCCAUUGUAAAUACUAUUAUUGUUGGGUAUUGUAAAAAAUUCUUAGAGGUAGUCACACUCCUUCUCCUUUUGAGUUUGUGUUUGUUGAGUGUUGUAUUUAUUUAGGCAUUUACAUUUACAUUUGUGACAGUUUUCUCUGUUUGUGCUUGAUAAUUGACAUCCAUUGUUUUGACAGGAUCAACUCAAACUCUGUCUUGAACGGGAGAAAAUUAUAUGUCUACAAGUUUUAAAGUGCAUGAUAUUGUACGUGUGUAAGUAAACACUCAAUGAAAUGAGGGAAUAAACUGCAUUUAAUGCAGGCAAGUUUACAUAUUUAACAAAGAACCACAGUAUGACACUUCAACAUAUAAACAAAACCAGAAUACAUUGAUUUACAUUACCUAUAAAUAAUAAAUGUUAACAUAGUCAUAGUUAAAGAUCAGUCUAUUCCAUUACAGAUAAACUGGCAUUAAUACUGGAAACACCAUGUUUAAAAUCAUUCACAAUUUUGUAAUUUUUACGAACACAGUUCACUUUGCCAUUCCACAAAUGCAGGACAACGCUUAUAUUAUGCAAAGAAGAAGCAACAUGAUUCAUGUUUUAUAUCGUCCAAAGUAUUUGUUUAUGAGAAUUGUGAAUCGUUACAAUCUGAUUUAUUAACAUUCUAUACACAAUUUGUGAAUCUUUGUGGGAUUAAGAUUGUAGAAGGAACAUGGUUAGCGUAUUUUUAAAAAAAGUAUAUCCGCCUCACCCAAAGUUUCUAUUUCCAUGGUUUUAUUUUGAUUUGCACACUUGCUAACAUGUUAAUAUUUUGUUAACUUUGUUAAGAGGGUGGUCUUGUCUCCUUAUACUUACAAAUGGACACUACAACUACAAACGACUUCUAUGAUUUCUUUAGUCUUCUUAGAUUUUUAAGUGAAGUUUGCAUAAAUCUACAGCAUGUCCAGAGUGUCAAUAAAGCCCUGCAAAAAGAAAAAAAACUUUUGUACCAUGGCCAGAACAGAGGGAGUUAAUUCAUCUGUGCAAAAGCAACUCAGUUCAGUUUAUAUAAAACUAUGUGCUGUUCUUAAUUAUGAGUCAUGAUCAGAGGAUACUGCUUGGUUCCUGUUUGUUUACAAUAAUAUGACAUGUGCAACUCUGUGUUUGACGUGCGCAUGUGGCUUGCAUUUGUGUAAUAAAGUCAAUAAAACAUCUAAUGUGCA